AUGAAGAUGCCCUCCCGGACCACCCUGUUCUUCAUGGCCGACUUCUCCCUGGAGUCCUUGGCUGCCAUGCUGCAGAACGGCAUAAUGGCUGCUGUGCUGGGCUCAGAGUGGGCGUGGGACUGGGUGCUGCCCACAGGGGACAUGAUUAUGGCCUGCCUGGCUCUCUCCCAGUUCAGCCUGAAUGGCAUGACUUUCACGAACGACCUUCUGGUCAUCCUCAACUUCAGUCACAAAGUGCACUACUUUGACACUCUCUGGGACUUCAGCAACAUGCUCACCUUCUGGCUGAAUGCCUUGCUUUCUGCCUUCUACUGUGUGAAGAUUGCCUCCUUUUCCCACCCCACAUUCCUCUGGCUCAGGUGGAGGCUUUCCAACUCUGUGCCCAGGCUGCUAUUGGGUUCCGUGACCCUCUCCAUCCUGACCACUAUCUCCUCAACCACUGGGAAUAUUAUUGUGACUCAUAUUGAGGCCUCCCAGCCACCCCACACCAAUGGCAGCUGGGCCGAAUGGGCAAGGAUCUUCUAUCGGAACUUCUUCCUGCUCCACGAGAUGCUGGUGCUCUCACCACCUUUUCUGCUGUUCGUGGUGUCCACUGCCUGCUCAUGUUCUCUUUGUGCUGGCACCUGCACCAGAUGA